ACUCUCACUAUAUAUAUUUACGCACCCACACACUAGUUCCUUUGUCCAACCACACCAUUCACCAAAAAAUUUCCAACCCUACCUCAUCACUCAUCACUCAUCACUCAUCACCAACAAAUUAAAGAAAGAUCACCAAGUUAAUUAAGCUACAUUACAAUGGUUUCAGAAAGUAACCAAUUCAACUCCAAGAGUGUAUGUGUCAUAGGAGCAGGGCCUUCCGGCCUCGUGGCGGCUAGGGAGCUAAGGAAAGAAGGUCACAAAGUGGUAGUCAUUGAGCAAAACCAUGACAUUGGAGGGCAAUGGCUCUAUGACUCGAAAAUCGAAGACGAAGAUCCUUUAGGAAUGGCAAACAAGUUUCUUAAGGUUCAUAGUAGUAUGUAUGAAUCUCUAAGGUUAGCUUCUCCUAGGGAAAUCAUGGGGUACACCGACUUCCCUUUCGUCGAAAAGAAGGGAAGGGACAUGAGGAGGUUUCCAAGCCAUAGGGAAGUUUUCUUGUACCUUAAGGAUUUUUGUCAAUUUUUUCAGUUGAGGGAUAUCAUAAGGUUUAAUACUAGGGUUGAGUAUGUGGGCAUGGACAUGGUGGUUGAUGAGUUUUUAUUUGGUGAUGAGGUUAAAAAAGACUUGAGAUGGGUUGUCAAAAGUAAAGAGAAGAAGAGUGAUCAAGUGGUGGAAGAGGUGUUUGAUGCGGUGGUUGUUGCUAGUGGUCACUAUUCUCGACCUAGGUUGCCUUUUAUUAAAGGUAUGAAUUCAUGGAAAAGAAGACAAAUCCAUAGUCAUGUCUAUCGGGUACCAGAUUCAUUUCGUGAUGAGGUAGUGGUGAUUGUAGGAAGUUCAAUGACGGGACAAGAUCUGUCAAUGGAAUUAGUAGGAGUAGCAAAGGAAGUCUAUGUCAGUUCCAGAUCCCCUGUAUCUGAAGGUUACACCAAAGUAUUUGCUAAGCAUAAAAAUCUGCAUCUUUGUCCACAGAUUGAGUCUCUUGAAGAAGAUGGAAGAGUGUUGUUUGUGGAUGGCUCCUGUGUUAUUGCCGAUAGCAUUAUAUAUUGCACCGGGUAUUUAUAUACAUUUCCGUUUCUUGACACCAAAGGAAUUAUUGAGGUGGAUGAUGAUCGAGUUGGACCUUUAUACCAGCACACCUUCCCUCCUUCACUUGCUCCUUCGCUUUCCUUCAUAGGAAUCCCUAGAAAGAUCAUAGGGUUCCCUUUCUUCGAGUCACAAGCAGUAUGGAUUGCUCAGCUACUCUCUGGGAAAAAAACAUUGCCUUCUUGGGAAGAAAUGAUGAAGUCAAUUAAAGAGUUCUAUCACUCUAGGGAGGCUUCUGGCAUCCCGAAGCACAACACUCAUGACAUUGCCAAUUUUGAGUAUUGUGACAGAUAUGCAGAUGAAGUGGGAUUUCCACGCCUAGAAGAAUGGAGGAAGGAACUAUGUAUUUCAGCUCUUAUAAAUGCGGAGGCAAAUUUGGAGAUAUAUCGUGAUGUUUACGACGACUUUGAACUUCUUCAAGUAGCUCGUCAAAGCCCUCAUUUCACUCAACUUGGAGCACAAGCAUUUGAAUUAUAAAAACAAUACUCCUACUAGACUUCGGCCAGCUCAGCAAAUCAAUGUCAAGCAGUAAUUUAUGCAAAACAACAUACCACAGUUCCAGUUCAAGAGAAAUGAGACUUACAUAUUAUUUUCCUUUUCACGUAUUGAUGGAGAGACUCCAUGUACUGCCCUGCAUGCAGUUUUUUGAAUGACGUUAGUAACAGAACCAGCAAUAUGUGCCAUGUUUAUUACAGAUGCUUUCUAUCUUGAUGAAGAAAAAUUAAUAAUACUUGAACUCAUUAGGCAAUUAA